UCCCCUCUCAUGAGAAAUUGGUCGGCCACAACUUUGAUUAUUUACGCUUACGCUGUGAGGCAGACACACUACAGAUUGAAAAGUCCAAAAACGUGAUAAAAGAUGGGAUCUACUGCCGCUCACAAGUUUAUUUUUAUCGUUGGAAUCGCGUCUUUGCUACACGCCGCGUACUCGGCUGCUCAACACCGAGCUUACCUGCGCAUUACGGAACAAGAAUUUCUUAGUUUACCCAUUGAUAUACUUAUUCAAGGUAUUGUCAGCCUUUUUGUAACCAUGUAUGGAAUAAUGACUUUGGCCGGUGAGUUCAAAGAAAUCAGAUCAACUGUCGAUCUUGAAUCAAAAUCAUGGGAAACUUUCAGGAACUGUCCCUCAUUUUAUACUUUCAACCAUCGAGGGAGGGCUUUGUCCCCUUACUAUGAACCACCACAAGACUAGGUUGUAAAUUUAGACAUUCCAUUGAGGAAAGUGUUAACAUUGUUACCAGCCUUCUCCUUUUUAAAAAUUUCCUCUUGUCUAUUGUAUGAUUGUGCAUGUGUGUGUGUGUUAAAGAUGCUAUCUAAUAAUUUAUAUUGCGUUUCUCUGUAAGUCUAUCAUUAUCAUUUUUAAACUUUGUUUGUAUAAUAAAGUGUGUUUUGAUACGGGGGAUAAAAAUGAAAAUACA